AUGCCGGAUAUGCUCUCGCGACUCUUCGAGAGAGAGGUCCACCUAGAAUCAGGCCAACGGAUGAAGCUGGUCGAUGCUCUCCAUGGUGGUCCUGGUAACACUGGUGACUUCCCCGAGAUCUUCUCAGAGCCGGAAGCUGAAGGAGUAGGCCUGUCUUGGAUCAUGAGAUCUGAGGGGGCGGAGCUGAUGGAUGAAGAUGCUCAUGAUGUGGACAUUUACACUCUUUUGAGUGCUAUGCCUUCUACAGAGAGUUUCCUUGCCUGUUGUGCAGCCGAUUCCGCUGCCGAUGAACAACAGCCGAAGCCAUUUAUCGAGACUCUAUGUGGUUGCAAUUGGGAUGUGAAUGGCGUCCUUACCGAUUUCCUCUUCCUGCACAGAGUUUUCAAUGCUCUGAGGCCGUCUGCGAAGAGAGUUGAGGAUGUCCGACUCGAGGCCGAUAAUGUCAACUACCUUGUGAGAUCUCUGCAGCAGCAGAUGAAGCCUCCUUUUCUGUCGUGUGCCGGCCCGUACGUACACGAUGAGACCGCAGGGGUGUAUUGUUUCCGAAACGGCUCUGCAGACGGUGGUUGUACCUACUUGCCUGUUAUCCCGAAGGAUGAGUGUUGUCGUGCGUUUCGAGCAAAGAUCUGUCUCGACUCGCACCGGCUGAGCAAACACGGAAAUGUCCGCUCGACUGUGGCAUCUGUGUAUGAUCGGUUCUACUUGCCUCGCCUACGUAUGGAUGUUCGCGCCUUGGUAAAGCACUGUUUCGUUUGUCAGCUCAUCCGAGCUCGUCGUACGUGGACUCAGCCACCGGGUGCUGGACCUCAUCGCACCCAAGCCACAGCGUGGGAACCGUACCACGAUGUGUUCGUCGACGUCCUGAGCCUUGGAGAUAUCAAAGGUUGGUCCGGGACGACCAAGGUGCUUACCGUCUACUGUCUCCAUACCUUCCACUCCACUUGGGUUCCGACUGGCGAGACCACGAUAGACGUCUUGAAUUCUCUCGUCCGAGUGCAGACUGAACAAGGCGGGUUGAGAAGAUUGUGGUGUGAUAAUGCUGCUUACUUCCGCAGUGCACGUUUCCCCAAAGAGGUUUCUCGCCUGUUGAAUGGGACGGUUUCAUUGCUGCCAGGAGGUAACGUUCUGAUGAAUACUCGUCCGUUGGAUUAUGCUAACUCUGACGAGCCAUCUGGCGAGUUUGUCGUGGUUACGCCUGAUCAAUUGGCUCGUGGAUUUACUCGUAAGCGAGGUUGCGUCCUCGCUGGUGGCUCUUCUACUCUUCCUAUUUCUCACCGCGUUAGAGCAGUGCGGUGUUAUUUCCUGAAUGAGAUGUUCCGCGACAUGAGGAUGGCUGUCGCUCGCUCUAUGGGGUACCAGAGCUUGAAGAACAAGAUCCUGAAGCCUACGAUUGGUGACCCAGUGCUGAUCUACCAUCCGGAAAAGAAGCUGAGCCCCGGAUACCGUUUGGGUCAUGUGAAGGAUCUGCUAGAUGAAGGUAGAAGGAUCCGUAUUGUCUUAACUGACGGUAGCGUUGUUGAUCAUCAUCACUAUAAUGUUGUGCCGAUUCUGCAUCACCCUCAAUUGUCGGGGCAGAGGGGGCGUAUUGAGGAUUGA